CUCAGUCGGAGGUAGAUACCACUCUGAUCCUGUAUCCUUGUCUCGGAGGGCCGAAUAAAGUCCUUUUUUCCUCCCCCGAAAAGGUUCAUCGAUCUUCUUCAAGUCAUUUCAUGCUCAUGUGCCCUUCCUGUCUGCUUCGGUGGUGAAUUUAAAUUGUGUUUCUGGCCCUACUUUUUGGUUUAGAACACAUUAGCACUUUGGUCUUUCCGAUACAUUGGACACCAUUAUUUUUAUUUUACGCAGAGAAAGUUAUAAGAAGACAAAUUCAUUCACAUCUGGUAAUAAGUUACCGGAUCCUGUGAAUUACUUUCCGGACGCAACUUAUUUCGAAAACAAUAACAACAACAAAAAAAGGCAAUAAAUUUAUCAUGAUUUCAAAAUUUUCAUAACAAAUUUAUUUUUUCCUCCAGCUACGUCAUAUACACAAAGAAUAUUAGAUACAAACUCAACUGAUAUAUAAGGAAAAAUGGUUAUAUAUUUCGAAAAAUGAUGAAAUACCAUUUGGUAACGAUGUACUUCAUGCUCACUUACAUGUUAAUCAUAAAGAGCAAUGAUGGAAGUCAAGCUAAAACAUCUAAUUCUUCCUUUAUUGAAACAAAGAAUCUUAGCUGCGCUUCGAAUGGAAGAGGUAGAUUUAAAAGAUCUUAUUUUACAACGCACCUACCGCUGCAUUGCCCACCAUGCGAACAGAUUCACUGCUUCAAAAACAAAAGGCGGCGUUUACAUUGCAAAGGUGGUUGGACUCUAGGUAUUUGUGGAUGUUGCAAGGUAUGUGCAAAAGUAGAAGGAGAAGAAUGUGGUGGACAACAUAAAUAUCUUGGUAAAUGUGACGAAGGACUGGUAUGUGAACCUCAAGAACCAAGGGUCAUUAGCUUUAUACACAAUGGAAUAAAAACUGUUUAUAAAGUUGAAAAAGGAAUAUGCAGAAAAGGUUUUACACAACCUUAUGAGUUUCAAGACAUUUGUAAACCUAAAUGCUCUCCAGCAUUUUGUAUGAAAAAUCCCAGAGGAAUUUGUUCAGCAAAUGAAAAUGGCGAGAGUUUUCAAGAAUGUCAAGGCUUUUGUCAGCACACCUCCUGCCGAGCGUGCAAGUUUGUAGAAUCCCACCAGCCCUGUGCGACCUGCACGAAAGACGACUUCAAAUGCAUUCGUGAGUUCGGAAGAUGCAUUCGGAAAGAAGCUUGCAAGGCUAAAGAUUAUCCCUGCGGGAAACUGAAAUUCAAUUGGAUAUCGGAAAGAAAAUUUCAGUGUAAAGUUCCGCCAUGCCAGCCUCAAUAAAAGAAACUGAAAUAUGAAGCUUCUACCCAACAAUAUUGCAUUCAUUACUUUUUUAACUGUUUCUUUCUACAAAUUAAAAUAUUUUUUUUGGUGUGUGUAAUAUAAAUUUGAAGCUUUU